CCUCCUCGCCUGCUCUGCUCUUCCUCCUCCCUUCGCUCGCACCAUGGCUGAUCAGCUGACCGAAGAACAGAUUGCCGAAUUCAAGGUAGCUUUCUCCCUAUUUGAUAAAGAUGGUGAUGGCACCAUCACAACAAAGGAACUUGGGACCGUCAUGAGGUCACUGGGUCAUAACCCAACAGAAGGUGAAUUGCAGGAUAUGAUCAACGAAGUGGAUGCUGAUGGGAAUGGCACCAUUGACUUCCCAGAAUUUUUGACCAUGAUGGCUAGAAAAAUGAAAGACACAGAUAGUGAAGAGGAAAUCCGUGAGGCAUUCCGAGUCUUUGAUAAGGAUGGAAAUGGUUACAUCAGUGCAGCAGAGCUACGUCACAUUAUGACAAACUUAGGAGAGAAACUAACAGAUGAAGAAGUAGAUAAAAUGAUCAGAGAAGCAGGUAUUGAUGGAGACAGACAAGUCAACAAUGAAGAAUUCGUUCAGAUGAUGACUGCAAAAUGAAGACCUGCUUUGAACCACUUUCCCUUCUAGAAGAAUCAAAUUGAAUCUUUUACUUACCUCUUGCAAAAAAAAAAGAAAAAAGAAAAAAGUUCAUUUAUUCUUUCUGUUUCUAUAUAGCAAAACUGAAUGUCACAAGUACCUUCUGUCCACACACAAAAUCUGCAUGUAUUGGUUGGUGGUCCUGUCCCCUGAAGAUCAAGCUACACAUCCGUUUUACAAUAUAAAUACUUGUACUACCUUAAUGAUAAGGAAGCACUCAGUGGACUCCUUACAGUCCAUGUGCUCAUGAUUAACACAGUCUGAGCUGGCCGGUUUUUCAUGCAUGCAGCUUGACAAUUGAGCAGUCAGGCAUUUGUAUUAAAACCGAAAAAAGGAAAAGCAAAUUCAAAAUCUAUUCAGAUGGAUUCUAAUUCAAUUUGUGAGUAUAAAUUGCCAUAGCUGGUUACCGAAAA